GGCAGCUGUCUCCUGCAGCUGGGCAAUGGUGUGAACUUGAUGGACCCAAGCUUCCAGCAGAAACUGGAGGGUGAGAAGGAGCUGCUGCGCAGAGCUAUCCAGAAAGAGCUGAAGAUCAAAGAGGGAGCAGAGAACCUGCGCAAAGCGACAACCGACAGGAAGAAUCUCGUUCAUAUCGAGCAUGUGCUGAAGUCUUCCAACAGAAAACUGGAGCAGCUGCACUGGGAACUUCAGGAGCUCAAUGCAAGGAUUGUAAUAACAGACAGAGAGGAGAGUAAGACAGAUGGAUCUGCAUCUCCAGAUCCUUGCCUCUGGGAAAGAGACCCAGACCCCAUGGCAAGGAAGGUUGAAGCUCUGAAAAAGCAGCUGCAUGUUGAAAUGAAAGUGAAACAAGGAGCUGAGAACAUGAUCCAGUUGUAUUCCACAUCCAAGGAGCGAAAACUUUUGGCUACAGCUCAGCAGAUGCUUCAGGACAGCAAGACAAAGAUCGAGAUAAUCCGUAUGCACAUCGUGAAAGUAUCCCAGUCAGCAGGAGGGAUGGAAGAUACAGUGGAUCCUGCAGUGAGGAUGGGGAGCACCAUCAGCGCGUUGGAGCUGCGUGUGGAGGAGCUGAGGCAUCACCUGCGCAUUGAAGCUGCUGUAGCUGAGGGGGCAAAGAAUGUGCUGAAGAUCCUCGGAGGGAGUCGAGUGCAGGAUCGCAAAUUUCUGGCUGAGGCUCAGGGACGUUUGCAAGAGUCCUCUCAGAAGAUUGACCUGUUGCGCUUGUCCUUGGAGCGGCAGCUCAGUGAGCUCCCCCCUGAUCACCCAAAGAGAGCACUCAUCAAACAGGAGCUGGUAAACACGUCCUCCCUGGGAGCUCAGCACUGCAGCAUCCAACCCACCUCAGUCUUCAAGCCUACAGCCCUCACAGGAACACUGGAAGUGAGACUGAUGGGGUGUCAGGAUCUGUUGGAAAAUGUUCCGGGCCGUUCCCGAAUGACUAGUUCUUCUCCCAUCUGUGGCAGCCCAAGUGACUUGAGGUCCCUGUCCCGAACACGAGUUGGGCUGAGUAUCCAUGGCCGUGGUGUUGCAGGAAAGUACCUGCGGAAUGAAGAGCCAUGUAAUGAGGUCCUUGCUGUGCUCAAAGUGGACAAUAAAGUGGUUGGCCAAACAAACUGGGGACCAGUUAAUAACCAGGCAUGGGACCAGAGCUUUGUCAUUGAGCUGGACAGGUCUCGUGAGCUGGAAAUUGCAGUUUAUUGGAGGGACUGGAGAGAACUCUGUGCAGUGAAGUUCCUACGUUUGGAUGAUUUUCUUGACAACGAACGUCACGGGAUGUGCCUCUCGCUCGAACCCCAAGGGAUGCUCUUUGCAGAGGUGAUGUUCUGCAAUCCUGUCAUUGAGAGGAAGCCAAAACUGCAGCGACAGAAACGCAUUUUCCCCAAGCAGAAAGGGAAGGAAUUUCUCCGAGCUCCUCAAAUGAACAUGAAUGUUGCUGCUUGGGGUCGCCUGAUGAUGAGUUUCCUCCCUCCCUGUAGUUCCAUCAGUUCUCUGAGUCCUCCACUUCAUGAUCCCAAUCACACAGACUUCUCUCCAGUGUCCCCACAAAGUCAUGUGGAUUCAGUGUCCAAACUGAGCAGUGAAUUCCCUGUGGCUAAGCUUACAUUUGCUGAUGAAGCACCACCCAAGCCUCCACGCCUGUUUCUGAUGGGAAACUCCAAGGAAUCAACACCAUCUCCUGCAGAUUCUCCGUGUCUGAAGAGGCUGCAUGUUGAGGAGAAGUCUUGCAGCUCUGCUGUAACAGGUUUUCCAGUCCCAACAUCUCCAAGGAAAAGGACAGUUCAACUCGAGGAUUUUCACUGCAUUGCUAUGUUGGGCCGUGGCCACUUUGGGAAGGUACUGCUAGCCCAAUACAAGGCAACUGGGAAGCUGUAUGCCAUCAAAGCCUUGAAGAAAAAAGAUAUCAUUAGGAGAGAUGAAAUUGAUAGCUUGAACUGUGAGAAGAGAAUAUUUGAAGUGGUCAAUUCCUCUGACCACCCCUUCCUUGUGAACAUGUUUGCCUGUUUCCAGACACCUCACCAUGCCUGUUUUGUGAUGGAAUACACCCCAGGUGGGGACCUCAUGAUGCGCAUACACGAGGAUGUCUUUCCAGAGCACAUGGCACAGUUUUAUACAGCCUGUGUAGUCUUGGGGCUCCAGUUCUUGCAUGAGAAGAAAAUUGUGUAUAGGGACCUGAAAUUGGAUAAUCUCCUUUUAGAUGCUGAAGGAUUUGUGAAGAUUGCAGAUUUUGGAUUGUGUAAGGAAGGAAUAGGCUUUGGAGACCGGACAAACACCUUCUGUGGCACCCCUGAAUUUCUGGCCCCAGAAGUCCUGACAGACAUCUCAUACACACGAGCUGUGGACUGGUGGGGACUGGGGGUGCUCAUUUAUGAGAUGCUUGUUGGUGAGUCACCAUUCCCUGGAGAUGAUGAAGAGGAAGUCUUUGACAGCAUUGUCAAUGAUGAAGUUCGAUACCCACGGUUCCUUUCAGCUGAGGCACUGUCAGUAAUCCGUAAGCUGCUUCGGAAAUGUCCAGAGCGUAGACUGGGAGCAGGGGAAAAGGAUGCAGAGGAGAUUAAAAUCCAGCCUUUUUUUAAGGGAAUGGACUGGGAUGCCUUGUUUGCCAGGAGGCUGAAGCCUCCCUUUGUGCCCACAUUAAGACAUCCAACUGACAUCAGCAACUUUGAUGAAGAGUUCACAUCCCAAAAGCCAAUCCUUACUCCUCCCGAGGAAGUUGCUCUCCUAACCCGUAAGGAGCAAACUGUCUUCAAGGACUUUGACUUUGUUUCCAGACACCUUUUAGGUGUUUGAUUCCUGUGCUGUAAAAAAAAAACCCACAUGAAGAGAUUGUUACCACCUUGAGAGAGCACAGAGAGGACUUGGCAGGGCCAGUGGAAAAGUCAACAGGAUUCCUAGAACAGGUAGUGCUGAUGGCCCCAGGGUGAGGAGCUCUGCAAGCUGAGCCAACCUUGCUGGGGUUUUCCAGCCUCAUUUGUUGGAGGGAUACUGGAUGUCAGUUGUCUUUAAAGAAUAAUUAAUGCUUGACUGGAUGUCUCUUCUGCUGUCACUGAAUAGAGAUGGAAAUUUUGGAAUUUAAGCAGGACUUGAUGGAAUCAAAUAAUCUCUG